AUGGGGGACGACGACCUCAUCAGCGCCCUCGCUGCAGAUGCCUCCGUCUCGGUCGCGGCCCCUGCGCCGGCGCCGGCACCAGCGCCAGGUCCUGCAGGCGUGCCCAAGGAGGUUGUGAUGGGCUACCACCGGCUCUUCGCGCACGACUACUUUGAGCGCCAGCUGCCCAGGUUUACCUCUUCGCGGCCCGAAAGUCCUGAGGUGGCGGAAGCGUGGAAGGCGGCAGUCUGCGACAGCUGGCUUUGCAGACUUCCCAGCUUCGCCUCUGGCGCUGGGGAAGAGGCGUGGGAGGCUUCGUGCGCGGAGCUGCUGCAACUCACAGUACAGGGCUCCGUGUGGGGCAUCAAAGCGCGGCCUUGGCGCGACUUUGCGGGGCCCAUGCAGUUCCCAGACCACCCCUGGCAGAGGCUGCCCUGCAACUUGCAGCGCUACGCGGGGAACUACCUGAACCUCCUGCUGGCGCUGGCCAUGGCCGGUGCCGCCCAAAGCCGCCCCCUGCUCUUCGGUGCCUGCGCGAUGGCCAAGGCAGUGGCUCUGCUGGCGCCCCCCGAGAUGUUCGACGUGGAGCUGCUGACGUCGGGCAGCUUUCGGUCCGUGGGUGGCGGGUGGCUCCGCCUGCUGCUGGCCGCGCUGGGGGAGUUUGGGUUGGCGGCGAGCUGUUUCUGCCGCAGCGGCGCGCGAGGCGGCUUGUUGGGCGGGGGCCUUGUGCUGGCGCACGCUCUGCUUCGGACAAGGCCGUGGACAGACAUGGCCAAGGAUAAGGUGAAGAGUGCCAAGGAGCAGGUGACCAGGUUGAAGAGCCAGUGA